AUACAAAAUUUAAGUUAAAAUUUAAGAUAACAUAAAUUACAAAAUAUUCGUGAGUUCUAAUACUUUUGAUAUUGUUUUUUUUUUUACAUUAUCUUUAUAAAACGCCAAAUCAAGUAAUAAAGAGAAAAAAGAUAAUAAGUAAGUAGAACUUGAUGUUGAACGAGUAGAAAGAUGUGUGAAGUAAACAAAUAUUAGUGAAGCAGUUUGAUAUGGCAAAAUUUCUUAGCUCCCGCGUCUUUCUGUAUUCUCCAAAAGCACCAAAAACAACGCCUCCAACACCCUGCACUGACGAGAGACACAAAACACACUCUUUGACUGCCACCGCCAUUGCCAACACACGCCCACUUCACCACUCUCAUCCUCGUACCUCUCAAAAAACGAAUGCCACAAUCCUUAACUUACCUCCUAAGAAAAUCAAACUAUAAAUAACCUCUUUCUCUAAUCUCAAACCCACCACUCCACACACUGAUCCAACCAAAAUAACAGAAUGACAACAUCCCCAAACACGCCCCAACAAAACGUUCAGCAAUCGUUCGAAGCCUUCUACCAGAAGUGGCUUUCAAGUCAAGAGAAUUUACUAGAACGGCUUCUCACGGUGUCCGCAAUGCCCGAUUCAGCCGCCGAAGUAGAGCGCCGGAGCAGGCUAAUCGAAGAGGUGAUGUGUCAUUACCGGCAAUACUUGGAAGAGAAAUCGAAGGUGGCGUCCGUGGACGUGUUCCUUCUAUUUUCCCCGACGUGGCUUUCUGCGUACGAAGGAGCUUUGCUAUGGAUUGGGGAUUACAAGCCUUCGCUGAUUCUCCGUCUGGUAGACGGCGCCGUGGAGGGUUUAACGGCGGAGCAGAGGGAGAGGGUGGAGCGAAUGAGGGAAGAGACGAAGAGAGCGGAGAGAGAGGUGUCGGAGGCAAUGGCAAGUGUUCAAGAGAGCAUGGCGAGUCCGCGCGUGGUAGGACUGGUGAGGGUGUUGGACGGAGAGAUAACGGAGUUGGAAUCAGCGAUUGAGGGGCUGAAGAGGGCACUGGUGAGGGUUUGGAAGAGAGCGGAUGAGCUUCGUGCGUCCACGGUGAGGAAGGUGGUGGGGAUUCUGAGUCCGCCGCAGACGGUGCAGUUUCUGGCGGCGACGAUGCUCUUUCAGAUGAGGGUACGGAAGUGGGGUUUGCAGAGAGACGAGGUCGACGGGGGACCCUCCUCUUGAAAUCUAAAUCCCCAAAAUCA